AUGGUGUCGCGCAGUUUACUUCUCUCCGUGGUCUACGCCUACGCCUACGCCUACGCCUCCGUGGCAACGGCCGCGACGACGUUUGACGUCCGCGAAGCCACCAUCGACAGCAUCCACAAUGCCCUCUUCACUGGUCUGACCACCUGCCGCGAUGUCGUCUCCUCCUACAUCGCGCGGAUCGAAGCCCUCAACCCUUCCCUCCACGCUGUCAUUAACCUGAACCCCGACGCUCUCGCCAUUGCCGAUGAAAUGGACAAUCAGAUGGCCUUGGCUAACGCCACGGGGCCCCUAUUCUGCAUCCCCAUCCUGCUCAAGGACAAUUUCGACGCCGUCGGCAUGCCUACCACCAGCGGCGCACGUCCUCUCGCCGACCUACAUCCCCUCGUCGACGCGCCGACUGUCACGGCGUUGAAAAGAGCCGGAGGCCUUAUUCUGGGAAAGGCCAACAUGCACGAGAUGGCGCUCGAGGGCCUCUCGGUAUCCUCCCUCGGAGGCCAAAUCGUCAACCCGUACGACCUGACGCGCACGCCCGGCGGCAGCAGCGGCGGCACGGGCGUCGCCAUCGCCGCCAAUCUGGCCGUCUUUGGCACAGGGAGCGACACGGUCAACAGCCUGCGCAGCCCCGCCAGCGCGAACAACCUCUUCAGCUUCCGGCCCACGAGAGGCCUCAUAUCCCGCGCCGGCGUCAUCCCCAACAGCUACUCGCACGACACCCUGGGCGCCAUGGCACGCUCCCUGAAGGACCUGGCCGCCGCGUUGACCGUCAUGGCGAGCGUUGGUUACGACCCGGCCGACAACACCACGGCCUUUAUUCCGCCCGAUGUCCUCGGCAGGGACUACCGGUCGGCGCUGUACGGCGGCAGCCUCAAGGGAAAACGCCUGGGUCUCGUCCAGGGUCUACACAAUUACGAAGCCUCGAACGAGACGACGCCCGUCAACGAGGCCAUGGCGCACAUGGUCUCCCUGCUCGAGAAGGCGGGGGCGCACGUCGUCAACGUCACGUCCCCCGUGUACAGCGCGACGGCGAUCAUUUCGCAGAUGGACCUCCAGCAGCUGGAGUACCGCGAGCUGCUGGACGAGUACCUCUCCCGCGACGACCUGGCGGGGGACUUCCCGCGCAGCUUCUACGAGUUUUACGGGCGCGACGACUUCCUCGUGAUCCCGGCGCAGUACGGGUACAUGGCGACGGCGUGGACGGGGUCGACGUCCAACGCGACGUAUUUCGAGCGGCAGCGGCGCGUGCAGAACCUGACCAUGACGCUGCAUGCGACGUUCCGCGAGCGGGGGCUCGACGCGCUCAUCUACCCGCAGCAGAAGAACCUGGUGGUGCCGAUCGGGGCGCCGUCGCAGGCGGGGCGGAACGGGAUCCUCGCGGCCCUGACGGGCGUGCCGGUCGUGAUGGUCCCGGCGGGGUUCUCCCCCCCUACCGAGACGGCGCCGCUCGGCGUCCCGAUCGGGAUGGAGAUUAUGGGUCUGCCGUGGACGGAGGACAAGUUGUUGAAUAUUGCGCAGCAUUUGAGUGAGAUUGCGCAGUUGAGACGCAUGCCGCCUUUUGCGAAUGCGAGUGUGGAGGUGACCGGCCCGUAUGGCUCUGUGCCGACUAUUACGCUCGACACGGGGAAUAUAUCGCCCAAGUAUCCUCUUGGGGAGCUUGGAAGGAGAAGGUGUUCGAGCAUACAAGCCAGAUAA